AAAUAAAUAAAUAAAUAAAUAAUCCUAAAAAAAUUGUGGUGGAUGAAGAGUAAUAUAAAUAGUUUAGAGAAAUUUAAUACUAAGUUGUGCUGUUCAUGCAUUUGCAAGAAACUUUGUGCUAAAGACGGAAAAUGAACCAGUCUAGAUGCAUAGGAAGGAAUGUAGGGCUAAUUUACUUCCUGGUGCCUUGAAACCCGAGUUGACAGGUACCUUGUGUUGUUCCCUCUGUUUCAUCCCCCCCACCCCCACCAUUGAAGGGGCACGUGUUGAAGUGAAAAGCUAUUGAUCUUCUGGGUUGAGAGUGCACUUUAUUUGUUCUCUUUAAAAACAAAAUGUAUUCUUCACUGUUCCAUAUACUUUGCUUUGCUAAGACUGAUGAGCAAAGCCCUUUGUCCCAACUGUACAUGAAUUCCCAGUGAACUAGUGGGUGAAUUUUCCAACGUAGUCACUUGAUUUACAGCAUUCGCUUUCAUAGCCUUAUAUCGGAUUGUUUAAAAUCUUCAUAGCCUUAAUCACCUUUCAGGGUUCAGAUUUAUCUCCAUUCAGAGUCUGUGGCCUUUAGUCUUUGGCAAGCUUCCAAAUAAACCGCUCUUUUGCAGAGAGUGUACCCACUUUAUUCUUCCACCCUUGGGUAGUGGAGAACCAAAGGUCACUUGGGUAAUGCCGGACAUUCCCCCACCUCUGUCCCUGCGCUAGCUCGUAUACUCCCUUGCCUGGUGUCCGCCUCCUCCGUUGGUUGGAAGGGGUCUGGCUUUUGGGAGCUCGUGAAGGUAAUUAACCUAAUACGCAUUUGUGUAAUGCGGAAUGAAUUCCAAACAGCCACCUUGCAAAUGAGCCCUGAGAAUUCGGCCUUUUGUGGUGGACAUUCUGCAACUCAUGAUGCUUGGCUUUAUGGGCAGUUUACAACAUAGCCAGAUUUGGUUUUCAAAAAAACAAAACCCCAAAGACCCUACCUUUUAAUUAUAGUAAGAACGAAAAACAUAGGUUGACCUAACUGCACUAUGUGACAGCACAUGUUUUAAGCGCAGGAUCUUUAGCUCCCAACACCCCCCCCCCCGCCCAAUUUUGGCAUAAGAUUUACCAGGUAUUUCUUUGAAAGCUAGAUGACACUGUCAGUAAUUGCUAAAAUAAUAGCUAUCGCCUGAGCAGGUAUUAUUCCAGUGUGGAGAAGGGGCCCAUUAUUGCGUGCGUUCUGUGCGCCGCAGCGAGCUGGUUACGAACGCGCAGGGGCUGUGCUCCUUGGGGCGGGGCUGCCGGGAGCCGGAGUGAGCUGGGGGCGGGGCCUCCGGGCCAUCGCCAGUGCGCAUGGGCGGACAUCCUCAGCUCCGACAGACCUCCUUCAGUUUCCGCUGUUGUCUGAAGCAUUGCGAAGGCCGUUGGCUGACUGUCGGCUGAGUGUGCCGGUCGCCAGAAUGUCUUAUGAGAAAGGUUCUCUGGUGGGCCGCGUAGAGAAAGGAGAGGAGCCAUUGGGGACCAUCGCUGCUAGUGCGUACUCUGUGAAGCAGGCGGAUGAGGAGGAAGAACUGAUGAAGGUGGAAGUGGCGGUGGGGCUAGAUGGCUGCUCUGACGACCUCAGCUGUGGGGAGGCUGACAUAGACCCCAGUCUCCUAGGGCUUGCGGAUGACGAGGAGAAAUGGCGGGAAAUCCGCAAGCAGUACCGGCAGCUCAUCUGUAACGUCCAGCAGAACCGUGAUGACAUAGUGAACAUUGCCAGCGACUCGUUAACCGAGGCUCUCGAAGAAGCCAAUGUCCUGUUUGAUGGAGUGAGCCGAACAAGAGAAGCAGCUCUCGAUGCCCAGUUUCUUGUUUUGGCUUCUGAUUUGGGUAAAGAAAAAGCAAAGCAACUAAACUGUGAUAUGAGCUUUUUUAAUCAAGUAGCGUUUUGUGACUUUCUGUUUAUAUUUGUGGGUCUGAACUGGGUGGAAGAUGAUGAACAUGGUGAAUUGAGUGGCUGUGAUGAUAAUAUAGCUCUUUCCUUCUGGGAGACAGUACAGAAGGAAGCAACCUCCUGGAUAUUGCAAGCUGAAACAUUCCACUUUAUUUUUGGCUCAUUCAAGUCCAAACCUUCUGCACCAAAGCCCCGAUUUGAACACCACAAAAAAGCUCACAAAAUGGAAGAAAAUGGGGAUAUGCCUACAAAGCUGAGGAAGUUGGACCUGAGUAAUAAUCAAGAAGCAACAGAAAAAGAAGUAGAAAGGAUCUUGGGAUUGUUGCAAACUUACUUUCGAAAGUAUCCUGAUACUCCCGUAUCCUAUUUUGAGUUUGUGAUUGAUCCAAACUCUUUUUCUCGUACUGUGGAGAAUAUAUUUUAUGUUUCUUUCAUUAUAAGGGAUGGUUUUGCGAGAAUAAGCCUUGAUCAAGACAGGCUGCCGAUAUUAGAGCCAAUUAAUAUUAACCAAGUGGGCGAGGGAAAUGAUCCCAGUUCUCAUGGCAGGAAACAAGGAGUUAUAUCUUUGAGUUUACAGGACUGGAAAAAUAUUGUGGCAACUUUUGAAAUUUCAGAGGCUAUGAUCACAAACUCAUACUAGGGAUUUUUGUUCUUAGUGUAGGAUGCAUUUUGUGGCUUUUCUAAAGUAUCUCAAAAUGGAGAGUAAAAUCAAGCAGAAGCACAUAAUUGUAUUUCAUGUAAAGUGAAAAAGUAUUUUCAGAAACACCAGAAAUUGUUUUACUGUGCAGUGUAUUCUUUUUGGUGGUUUAAGGUUGUCAUGAUCUUCUGUUAUUAAAAAUUAUUCACUGGCA